AUGGCCGACACUACCGCCACCAAAUCCAGAAAACGUCGCCAACCCGACCCAGACUCCACCGAACUCCUCUUCAAAGACCGUCUAAAAGCCGACUCUGUAAUCCUCCAAACUCUAAAAUCCCUCUUGACCUCCACUGCCUCCGCCUCCUCUUCAAAACCCCUCACCCUGUCCGACCUAUCACUCUCUUCCUCCUGUCGAGAAGUCACCGACCUCUCUCUUACCUCCGUCCAAUCCGAAAUCGAAGCCGUAACCAUCUCCAUCGUUCAAUCAAUCCUCUCCGGCAAGGGCUUCUCCUUCAAUGUCCCCUCACGCGCCGCCACUAACCAACUCUAUGUCCCGGAACUCGACCGCAUCGUCUUAAAGGACAAAAAUACCCUCCGCCCUUUUGCUAACAUUUCCUCGGUCCGCAAAUGCACAAUAACUACGAGGAUCCUUUCCUUAAUCCACCAGCUUUGUCUCAAAAACAUUCAUGUUACCAAGCGAGACUUGUUUUACACUGAUGUGAAGUUGUUUCAGGAUCAGACACAAUCUGAUGCUGUUCUUGAUGAUGUUUCGUGUAUGCUUGGGUGUACUAGGUCUUCUCUUAAUGUGAUUGCGGCCGAGAAGGGGGUUGUAGUUGGGAGACUGAUUUUUAGCGAUAAUGGGGAUAUGAUUGAUUGUACUAAAAUGGGAAUGGGAGGGAAAGCGAUUCCGCCGAAUAUUGAUAGAGUUGGGGAUAUGCAGAGUGAUGCAUUGUUUAUUUUGUUAGUUGAGAAGGAUGCUGCGUAUAUUAGGUUAGCGGAGGAUAGGUUCUAUAAUCGCUUUCCUUGUAUUAUUGUGACGGCCAAAGGGCAGCCAGAUGUGGCUACGAGGUUGUUUUUGAGGAAAAUGAAGACGGAAUUGAAGUUACCGGUUUUGGCAUUGGUUGAUAGUGAUCCCUAUGGGUUGAAGAUUUUAUCUGUUUAUGGUUGUGGGUCGAAGAAUAUGUCAUAUGAUAGUGCGAAUUUGACCACUCCGGAUAUUAAAUGGCUAGGGAUAAGGCCUAGUGAUUUGGAUAAGUACAAGAUACCUGAGCAAUGCAGGUUGCCGAUGACGGAGCAGGAUAUUAAGACUGGGAAGGAUAUGUUGGAGGAGGAUUUUGUGAAGAAGAAUCCUGGGUGGGUUGAGGAGUUGACUUUGAUGGUGAAGACUAAACAGAAGGCUGAGAUUCAGGCUUUGAGUUCGUUUGGGUUUCAGUAUUUGUCCGAGGUUUAUUUGCCCUUGAAGUUGCAGCAGCAGGAUUGGCUUUGA